UCGUUGCGGCAGUGCUGCUCCUCCGGGCGAAUUUGAUCGGCAGAUAUUCGUUCGGCAUAUGCUCCGGCUACAUCGACAAAGCCUCCUCAGCUUGUUGCUGCUCGUGCACAGCUGAAGGAUUUCCUCGUUUUCUUGUGCACCUUUUGCAGUUUCUCCGGACAGCAUGCUGGUGGUGCUGCGGCUGUUACGGCUCAGCAUGUUGCGCAACGGUCUCGGCAUGUAGCCACGUACACACAGCGCAGCAGUGACAGGAUUAUGCAGUGAGUCAGCGAGCAGCUCGCGUAGCUUGCCCCGAAAGAAAGAGGGAUUGCAAAAAAUAAAUGUGAGCAGAGAGGGUUUCGUCUCCAGACACCAUUUGGUCACGCACCUGUACCCGAGGCACGCUUCUUCUCUGAAGCUUCGCCUGAUCGCCUCGGCUGCUCUGCCCUCCUCCCUUCUCCGCCGGCAGACACGUAUAUAUAGGAGUGCAAACACUUGACGCCUUGUGUAAGCGCCCACAACCUCCACGCUCCACCACCAACACCAAGAACCUCCUCCUCUGCUUCUUCUGCAUCUCCUCGGCCCUGCGCUCCGCACACAUGGCUGCCUGCGUCGACAAGUGGCACCCCACGCACGCCGGCCACCUCUCCAGAGCCAUCUACCGCUACUUGCCGGACUGCACCACCACCACCACGGACCGCGCGAUGCCCGCGGCCGCCAGCCCCGGCGGCUGCUGCGCCCGCGGCGGCACCGGCGACGACGACGUCUGGGACGAGCUGCGCGCGGAGGCGCAGGCCGACGCGGACGCCGAGCCGAUCCUCCGCAAGUUCUACGCCGACCUCGUCCUGUCGCGCCCGUCGCUGGAGGCCGCCCUCGCCGCGCACCUCUCCGCCAAACUCUGCGUCCCCGGCGCGCUGCCCCAGGACGCGCUCCGCGACCUCCUCGCCGGCGCGCUCGCGUCGCACCCGGAGGCGGGACGCGCCGCGCGCGCCGACCUCCGCGCCGCGCGCGACCGCGACGCGGCAUGCGACCGGAUGGUGCACUGCUUCCUCUACUACAAGGGCUUCCUCGCCCUCCAGGCGCACCGCGCCGCGCACGCGCUGUGGGCCGACGGCCGCGCCGCGCCGGCGCUCCUCCUCCAGAGCCGCGCCUCCGAGGUGUUCGGCGUCGACAUCCACCCCGGCGCGCGCAUUGGCUGCGGCAUCCUGCUCGACCACGCCACGGGCGUCGUCAUCGGCGAGACGGCCGUCGUCGGCAACGACGUCUCCAUCCUGCACGGCGUCACCCUCGGCGGCACCGGGAAGGAGUCCGGCGACCGGCACCCCAAGGUCGGGGACGGGGUGCUGAUCGGCGCCGGCGCCAGCGUGCUCGGCAAUGUGCACAUUGGAGCCGGGGCCAAGAUCGGAGCGGGCGCGGUCGUGCUCCGCGACGUGCCGGAGGGAACCACGGCCGUCGGGAACCCCGCGAAGGCGAUCGGGAAGAAGGCGGUGCCGCAGCGGCGGCCGGAGGAGCAACCCGGGGUCACCAUGGAGCAGGGGUGGUCGGAUUACGUGAUUUGAGAGGUCCUAGAGGGGUUUGAGUGCAAACAUUUAGUGCAGGAGAGUUUCCCUCCAAAAGAUAUUUGUGGCCGAUGGCCACUGCUGUUCCGCUAUAGUCUACACUAGAGAGAGAGAGAGAGAGCUGUGUUGCAUAAGAGGGAGCUCAGUUAGGCAUUGAGCCCUAGUGCAAGACCAUAUUUUUUCUGUUCUUUUUUCCUUUGGUUUGUUGGGACGGAAUAACAAGAUAUGCAUCUGAUAAUUUAUCGGUUGCUUGUAAAUACACUCCAAGUUCUAUUCCAGCGCUGAAAUAUUCAAUU